CCCGGGCCCCGGCGCCGGUGCGGUCCGGUCCGUCCCGCCAUGGGGCCCUUUGGCUUCCAGCUGCUGCUGUGGGCGCUGUGUCCCGCCAUCCGAGGCCCCGUGGAUGAAGAUGAGAUUUCCUUGUCUGAGCAGCAGAAGCCGACAAAACCACCUGCCUACUCCAGCGGCGACGAGCGGCCCAGGGAGACGGUUCAGUACAAGAUGGCAGAAAUAGCUGAUGCCAUGAUGGGCAGUGAAGCCAACCGCGAUCAUCUGGAACUGUUGUCGUUGCUUCCAGGAGAGGCAUCGGACAGGCCGAUCUCAGAGCUCCGUGCUGGCGCUUGUGAGGCAGGAGUGCAGAGCUCCGAAUGUGACAGCAAAGAGAACCUGUUUUCUUUAUCUAAAUCCAGAACAGACGUUCCAGAAAAAGGAGAAGGAUAUAAUUUAGCCCUGGUGCAUGCCGGUCCAUCGCCCGCUGAAGAAGCUAAUGGCACUGAGAGCCUGAAAACUCCCAAAGUGAACUGUGACGAGAGAGACGUUACAGGAAUGGAAAAUCCCACUCUGCAGAUAUUAAAUAUUUCACAAGACCUGAUGGAAUUUCUAAAUCCAAAUGGCAGCGACUGUACACUGGUCCUGUUUUACACACCUUGGUGUCGCUUUUCUGCUAACUUGGCCCCGCACUUUAACUCUUUGCCCCGGGUAUUUCCGGCCCUUUAUUUUCUGGCCCUGGAUGCUUCUCAGCACAGCAGUUUGUCUACUAGGUUUGGUACUGUGGCCGUACCUAACAUCCUACUCUUUCACGGAGCCAAACCAAUGGCCAGAUUUAAUCACACCGACCGGACACUCGAAACUCUGAAAGCCUUCAUUUUUAAUCAAACAGGAAUAGAGGCAAAGAAUGAUGUGGUAGUGACAGAAGAUGACCUAAUAGGCCCUCUCCCCAGUACUUUAACAAAAAGCGUGGAUUGGCUGCUGGUGUUCUCUUUGUUAUUUUUAGUGAGUUUUAUCAUGUACGCUACUGUUCGGACGGAGAGCAUUCGGUGGCUUAUUCCAGGACAAGAGCAAGAACACCAGGAGUAAGGAUGGACUGGAAAAAAACAUUAUGCUUACAUUUCAGGAGUCUGCACUGCAGUUUCAUUAAAUUUCCUUCACUGGGGUGGGGUAGGGAGUGGGGGUCAUUAUUUCAGGUCAACAGAUUCAGCAUUUCGUUCAGCUACUGGAUGUAUAUGUUGUCCAUGGACUGUGUAAGCUAGUAAUGGAGUAAACGUGAAAAGAUUCAUUCGGUAGAUGGGUGUGUUCUUUUUAUUACAUGGAUUUAAGCAUUUUUCAGGGGAAUAAAAAUAAUUCUUGAUCAGCGAGCAGAAAAUAAGUGUACUGUCCCUAGCCUGUCUGAACUUCCGGAGGUUUGAAAUUUGUGAUAAUGCUGAAAAUUCCUUAAUUCCCUAGAAUUUCAAAAUCCUUGGGUCGUCUCUGAUCUUGGAAUUUCUCUUUCAAAUGCCACAGUCCGAUAGGUGCCUUAAGGAAAGUGUUGCUUGUGGCGUCACAGGUAGCAGCUGUUUUGUCUGUUGGCUUUUCUUCAGGGACAAUGAAGUGUUAUUGAUGUAUAUGAUAAUAUAAAUAAAGAAUAAAUAAUUGAUAAAUAAUA